CACUUUCUUGUUCAAAGUCCUUGAAUUUGUUGAGGAUAGCUCCACCUCCACCACAGAAUUCUGUUCAUCAAGAAAGCUGGAAAAGUAUACUCCUUUCCUAUAAAAAGGCAAAAGAAGAGAAGAACCCAACACAAUCACAUGCCUAGCAUCACAAAUUACAUUGAAUUGCAGAAACCAAAAUGGCAGAAGAAGUGAAGCUAUUUGGUAUGUGGGCUAGUGGUUUUAGCCACACUAUAGAAAUAGCCCUAAAACUAAAAGGGAUUCAAUUUCAGUACAUAGAAGAAGACCUCUCUAACAAGAGUCCUUUGCUCCUCAAGUAUAACCCAGUACAUAAAAAAGUUCCUGUGCUCCUUCACAAUGGAAAACCCAUUGCAGAAUCACUUGUAAUUCUUGAAUACAUCGACGAAACAUGGAAAAAUGAUCCUCUUUUGCCUGAAAACCCUUAUGAAAGAGCUAAGGCUCGCUUUUGGUCUAAAUUUGUACAAGAGAAGGUCUUGACAACAGCUUUUAAGACUAUUACAGCUGAAGGGAAGGAGAAAAAGCAACUCGUUGAAGAAAUCCAUCAACAGAUUAUGUUUCUUGAAAAUGAGCUUAAAGAAAAGGAAUUCUUUGGAGGUGAGACUAUAGGAUACUUAGACAUUGUGGCUUUUUGUAUAUUGAAUGGGUUUCGAGUCACUCAAGAAGUUGCUCAAGUUGAGUUUAUAAGUGAGGAGAAAUUUCCAGUUCUAUGCAAAUGGAUAGGAAAGCUUCUUGAAAUAGGUUUAAUCAAUGAAUGCUUGCCUCCCAGAGAUAAACAUAUUGCUCAUGUUAGAGCUCGCAUUGAAGCUGCAAAGUCAUCUUCUUCCUCCUAAAAAAAGAUCUAUUAUUGAAGAGAUGUCUUCAAUAUAAACACCUUUUGAGAAUAACUUUUUCUUUUCUGGGUAUGUAAUGGUGAGAGGGAUCAAGAAUAAGCUUGGCUGAAUUCCAUUUUUAUUUGUAAUAAUCCCAUUUUAGUUUGAUGUCAUCAGAAUCAUUUAUAAGAGAUUCUAUGUUCCUAUGUAGAGUUAUUUCUUAUUCAAAUUAGACCAUUCGCAUGUGUAUUAUAUAA